UAGAUGUAUAAGGUAAGGCACGGAACAGCGGGAGAGGAGCGUGGUUUGGUCGUGGCGCUGUGUUGUUUGAGCGUGUUUUUAUCCUCUCAAAGCUUGUAGUUGAUCAGUAGAUCGAGAAUGGCGAAGUCGUAUCCCACCGUGAGCGCCGAGUACGAGCAGGCUUUGCAAAAAAGCAAGAGGAAGCUCCGGGGCCUUAUUGCUGAGAAGAAUUGCGCUCCGAUCAUGCUCCGUCUGGCAUGGCAUUCGGCUGGGACUUAUGAUGUGGCGACGAAAACUGGUGGCCCAUUUGGAACGAUGAGGCACAAGGAAGAGUUAAGUCAUGGGGCCAACAACGGGCUCGAUAUUGCGAUCAGGUUGUUGGAGCCGAUCAAGGAGCAGUUUCCCAUUCUCUCCUAUGCUGAUUUUUACCAGUUGGCCGGUGUUAUCGCUGUUGAGGUUACGGGAGGGCCUGAAAUCCCUUUUCACCCUGGCAGGAAGGACAAGCCCGAGCUUCCGGUGGAAGGACGUCUCCCUGAUGCUACCAAAGGUUCCGACCAUCUGAGGGAUGUUUUUGUCAAACAAAUGGGGCUUAGUGAUCAAGACAUUGUUGCUCUUUCUGGUGGCCAUACGCUUGGAAGGUGUCAUAAAGAGCGAUCAGGAUUUGAGGGUCCUUGGACUUCAAAUCCUCUCAUCUUUGACAAUUCCUACUUCAAGGAGCUCUUAAGUGGUGAGAAGGAAGGCCUUCUACAGCUUCCAUCUGAUAAGGCUCUUUUGUCUGAUCCUGCCUUCCGUCCACUUGUAGAAAAAUAUGCUGCUGAUGAAGAUGCUUUCUUCGCUGACUACGCUGAAGCUCACAUGAAGCUCUCUGAGCUUGGAUUUGCUGAUGCCUAAAAGUCUGCACGUGGGAAUGUGAUUGCUUUUUGCUGAGCGUGUAAUUGGGAAAUCUAUCUCCUACUUCUGAACUUUUCAAGUAAAUCAUCCUUUAGAUAUAAGUAUGUACUUCAAUGAACAUUGCCUAUUUGCCUUCAGUUGGUCAGAUCGUUCGCUUGGCUAGAAAAUUUUUUUCUUGCCCUAGAAUUUCGAUUGGAUUCAGAUCAAUUGUUUGGAAUGUUUUGGUAUCAUUUUGUAUUGAUUGUUAUGUUUGAAGAGUAUCUUUAUUGUCUUA